UACUUCACAUUUUACUUCGGCUCACACACCCAUUGAAGACCCGUUAUGUUUUGUUUGGCGUGUUUGAUGUUAAACUCCUCCCCCUCACUUGGCUUAUGUUCAUCGGUCACUCUUUCACUAUUUCAGUAGUUGCUACUCCAAACGCUGUUCGGACGCACAGGUGUGUAGCUGACGAUGGAUUUAAAGGAUAAAGUUGCUGUUGUGACCGGAGCAGCUCAGGGUUUGGGCAGAAGUUUUGUCGAAAUACUCAUGAAAAAUGGGUCAAAGGUGGCUUUAAUUGAUGUGAAUAAAUCUCUUGGAGAGGAAUUAAAGACUACUCUUAAUAAAGAGUAUGGACCCAACAGGGCUGAAUUUUACACUGCUGAUGUCUCAUCAGAGGAAGAUUUUAAAGGAGUUUUGAAAAAAAUUGUAGAGCAAUUUGGCCAAAUAGACAUCAUGUGCAACAACGCUGGCAUCAUCAAUGAAAAGCACUGGGAAAAGACUAUUGCAAUAAACCUGGGUGGUGUGGUCAGGGGCACGUAUCUCGCUCUGGAAUAUAUGAAGAAAGAAAAUGGUGGCAGUGGUGGAGUCAUUGUCAACGUUGCAUCCAUGGCAGGUUUGGGGCCUUUGCCAGUAGCACCCAUCUAUACCGCUACUAAACACGGCGUGGUCGGAUUUAGCCGUGCCAUGGCGGUUGUUUCCAAGUUUUCCAACUAUGGGGUGAGGAUCAAUGUCCUCUGUCCAUGGUUUGUGAAGACCAGUCUUCUGUCCCUCUUGAACUCAGAGGAGCAUACUGGAAGUUUUUCUCAAAUGAAGGAAAUCACGGAGAUGUUGAUGGAGAGUGAGGGCUGUCUGGAGGUGGAUGUCGUUGCCAAGGCCUUUCUUGUUCUUGUGAAAGAUGAAAGUAAGGAUGGAGAAGCUCUGAUGAUUAAUCCAGAUGGAGCAGCUAUUAUAACCUUUCCAGAAAAUGGCAAAGACAUUCCAUCUACUCCAGUCAGUCUAGAGUAGCUCAUUAGUUCCUUUCCUCAACACAUUCAUUUUGGGAUUAAAGAUGUCAUACUCUUACCUCAUAUACCUUUACCUGGUUUAGUAAUAAAAUAAUACACACAAACUAAAAAUCAGUGUUUCUCAACCAUGUUUGUGGAGAACCAUCCACACUGCAUGUUUUGGAUGUCUUCUUUGUUCAUCACACUCAUUACAGGUCUUUUAGUCUCUGCCAAUGAGCUGAUGAUCUAAAUCAGGUGUGUUUGGUUAAGGAGCCAUGGGAAAUGUGGUCUUCCAGGAACAUGGUUGAGAAACACUGCUCUAAAAAUGUAGAUAAAUGGUCUGAAACUCAAUUCCUGGAUUAUUGCUCAGCAUAAUUUAGCUCCAACCACCUCAAACUCAGUAGUAAUCUCUAGUAACUCUGAAUUCUGACUUUCUAACUCGGAAUUCUGACUUUCUAACUCGGAAUUGUAACUUUCUAACUUGGAAUUGCAACUUUCUAACUCUGGCAUCUUUGAGGAAACUUUUUGAUCCACUUUUAGUGCUGACAAAAAUAUUAGUCCUCCUGGGAAAUUUGAAUUAUUGUCCUUUUUACAGAGCAAGGAACAUCAUUUUCACAGUACGUCCAAGCAUUUUUAUUCUUCUGGACAAGGUCAAUAUUAUUAGACCUCUUAAAAAAUUGUUUUUUUUAUUGGCUUUAUCAUUUCGAUUUUGCAUUAUAAGCCGAAUAAUAGUAGCUUGCAAAAUAACUAGUAUCAUAUAAUGUACUGUCAUGGCAAAACCAAAAGAAAUGAGUUUUUACAAUUUAUUUAAAAACUAUUGUGGAAAAAGUUAACCAUCAAUUUGGAAAAAAAAUGUUUACAGGAGGGCUAAUAGUAAUACCACCGAUGGAAUUCAUAAGGGACCUAGAAAUCUGCCUUUUCAAAAUGUAUAUUUUAAUAUGCUUUCAUAUACUUGUAUACGUAUGCUAUAUAUAUAUAUAUAUAUAUAUAUAUAUAUAUAUAGGUGUGUGUGUGUGAAUAUAUAUAAAAUGCCAAUAUGUUCAAAUAAAUAAGCUACUGAUAUCAUG